AUGCAAUCAAUGUCUUGNGAUGUUUCCAUUACAACUGAACCAGAUAAUGACACGAAAAAAGACCGAAGCCCGAGACGUUCACGCAGUCCAGCCCAAUAUCAAGAUCGUGUUGCACCGACAACCACAACGAUUUCCCAAUCGGGUAACAUUGUUCAUACAACAAUAUCUUCAAUUCGUAUGACAAGUAAUACUCAGCCUAAAGUUGAUCAUCAACGCACACAUUCGAAAGAACGUGAAACUUCUGUAACACCACAACAAAAACAAUCGACUAAUCAUCGUAGUCAUUCACGUGAAAGUCAACGUAAGGCAUCGUAUAGUAAACAACAAGGAAAUAAGAUUAGUAGAGAAUAUCCCAAAAUGAUGAUGCCCUAUGUUCCCAAUGCUCCCAAUCCUGGCAAUCUUUGGCAACAGCAACGACCUGCUCAACCUUACUUCAGCAACCCUCUGUUACAACAGCAACGAUCGAAUUUGUUCAUGACUCCAUCCUUUGUUCCACAACAAAACCCAAUCUAUCGACAACCCUUCUACUAUGGACAACAGCCAUCUGCUCAUGUUGUUUACCAGCAACCACAACAACAACCUCCCUACCCUCCACUAUCCGUAUCAACUGUCGGCAAAGCCAAAUUACACUCUACCCAUAACUAUGCCACGUCAUCUCGAUCUGCAUCAAAUACUAUGGGACUUCCACCAUCAUUUCGUACAUUUCAUUCCAACCAACAACAGCAUGCCACCCUGCGUCCAACGUACCCACCACAAGUUCCCUUCCCCUUCAACUCACCAUGGCCGAACAUGCCCAACAUGCCCAACCAACCUAUGGCCAGCAUGAUGCCAAACAACAACAUUUAUGCCGAUCAAAAACGAGGCGCGAGAGAUCGUGCGCGAAGUGUUGACACAGGUGGUCGACAUAAUCCAGCCAUGCGUGUACCUAACAUGUUCCAACAGCAGCUGGUACCAGCACCACAGCCUCAACAACAGCAACCACCUGUUCCUGUGAUGGAACCCAAAGUUCACCAUCAUCAUCACCAUCAUCAUCACCGUCACCGUUCUCAUCAUACUGGCCAGUCAGUAUCAAGUAAUAAAGAGCAAAGUGUUGUAUCGAAAGAACAACCACCUGUCGGCACCGGCGAGAAAUUAACUGUUCGUCAACUCAAUGAGAUUUUUAUGCAAAUGGAUCCAUCAGGUCGCUUACCCUAUACUUCAAUACCCGCUGUUUUACAGCGAUUUGGUAUCACAUUAACAGAAAAUGAUGUUACUUCCGCUGGAAAAGAGCUUGGAUACAAUUUGAAUGAGGCAUUAUCUGCUCGACGUCUUGUUCAUAUCUUAGUUAAAUUAGGUAAAAUAACUAAAUCCAAUCAACAGCAGCAACAACAACAGCAGCAGCAGCAGCAGCAGCAACGUCCACCUGUAUCGCCAUCGAUGUUACCUGAAGAUCGUGAAGUGACUGAUAUAAUGACCCAACGAAAAGCAAAAGCUGCUCAUUCGGAAUCAUCAACACAACCUAAUCAAUGGAAUUAG